CCAACAAGUGAGAGAGAGUCUCUGUUGAUUCAGACUUUGCGUCAAGUCUUCCCUUUUUUUCAGUUUUUUUCCAUUUCGGAAUUCCCAAUUCACCAAGUCUUCCUUCCAAUCCUAAACAAAUAUUAAAAAAAAAAAAAGAACCCACAAUUUUCUCUGUUUCUUCUUCUCUUUCAGAUUCCAUUCCAAAACUUCUUUUUAUUUAUUUAAAUUUCCACCUUUUCCUUCCAUCUUCCCACUUCCACGCCACCCUCUGAUUUCCCCCGAAAAGGGUUUCUUCUGAUCUCUCUCCCUAUAUUGUUUCUGUUGUUUUCUCCCUCCAACGAUUCUUCCAAUUUUUUUUAUUUAUUAUUUUAUAAAAGAAAAUCCAAAGGUUUGUGCUUGAGCCUGUUGUAGCUCGAUCACAAUGAGAACAAACACGUUACCGGCGCUUUUGUUGUUGUCCCUGAUUAUGUUUGAUGUUUCUGACGCGUCCUUUGUUCUGAAACUCCGGAAGUUGGUUGGUCCUGAUCCAAAAGAUGAUAAACCAAAGGAUCCAAACCCUGUUGGUGAAACAAACGAGGUCAACAAGGGUUCACCUUCCCCAGUUCCACAACCGCAACCUUUACCCAAAGUGAAGAAUAAUUCAGUUCCUCCUGUGAGUGUGCCUCCUCCACCCAAAACGGAUGAUGAGGGUGACAAGGGUCAGAAAGAAGAGAAGUGGCCAAAAAUUUCAAUUUCUAGCACCACUGAGACUUGUGAGGGGCUCAACACGUGCACAGAUGAAGGGGACAUGCUUGCUUGUAUUUCCCAAAAUGAUCCUGGGUGCUUGAUUGUUCUUCUUCACAAUGGAGGAGAUGGCAUCAUCAAUGUGAAGCUUCGUACUGAUUUUGAAAAUAACCUUCAAGAUGUAAAAGUCAACAAAAGUGCAACAGCAAAGGUCUAUAUCCCACGAAUUAGCCAUGCAAGUACCCAGUUGACUUUAAAUGCUGGAAAAGGGGAUUGUGUGCUUCACAUGGUUACUCCUGUACCUGAAGGGAAUUUGUUUCUGCGUCUUCCUUCUUAUGACAAAAUUCUAACACCAGUAAAUGGUGCCUAUUUCCUCAUAUUGAUGGUACUGUUCUUUGGAGGAACAUGGGCUUGCUGCACAUGCAGGAAGAAACGCCAUGACGAGGUUCCAUAUCAAGAGCUUGAAAUGGCACUGCCCGAGUCUGUUUCAGCCACCAAUGUGGAAUCCGCUGAGGGUUGGGAUCAGGAUUGGGAUGAUGAUUGGGAAAACAGUGUGGCGGUGAAGUCGCCGGUGGCUCAUACGGGAAGCAUAUCAGUGGUCGGCCUUACUUCUAGAUCUUCAAACAAAGAUGGCUGGGAAAAUAACUGGGAUGAUUAGGUAUGUUAACCUCAAAAGAUAGGGAUGGAAGGGAUAUUAUAUUAACCUCAAAAGUGGAAAAUGGGGAAGAGCAAGGUGAAACAUCACAGUAAGGGAUGUGACAAAUGUGGUUGUGCUGGGGCUUAAGUUUUGAUGCAUGUCCAUGCAAGGGACACAGAAAAUAGAAAGUGUAAUAGUUUUAACACAUUGGAAUAUUUUUUGUAUUGAACGUGUUAUAGUGAAUGCCCUGGCUCCAACGGGAAACUAAAGAAUCUGUAAAUGAAGUAUAGGAGGUAAAGUAUAUUUUAGAUUUUAUCAAAUUUAUAUACACACACUAUUCUUGUGAUCACAAAAAUGAAAACUUUGUGUUAUUAUUUUUGGCUA